AACAUUAUUAAUUGAUUAUUAUUCCCCUCGUGAAGAAAACUCAACUCAUAAAGCAUAAAAAACAGGAGACAAAAAUUCGCAAAACCUAACAGAUAAAAUCAUCUCCAUUUCCCAACUAUAUAUAUAAAGAUACUCCUCACGCCUUUUUAAAGCUGUAAUUGUCUAACAAAUACGCAUCACACAGCACAAUAUCUUGCGUUCUUGCAGAGCAACCAUAUCUAACUUCUCAAACCGAUCCACGUUGCUGUUCAUCUCCAGCUAGGGGAUUAUAUUUGUGUUUGCCAAUUUUUGUGUAAGAAUUAGGGAAUUGGUGGAAACGGAAUGAGGUCAAGGAGUGAUGAUGAUGGCGUUGAGUUGAGUUGGUGGGCAAACAUGCCGGCGGAGCUGUUGAGGGAUGUGCUGAUGCGGAUUGAGGAAUCCGAAUCCACGUGGCGUCGGAGAAACAGUGUGGUUGCCUGUGCUGGUGUUUGCAGGAGCUGGAGGCACAUCAUCAAAGACAUUGUCGCCACUUCUGGGAGGCUCACAUUUCCCAUUUCUCUCAAGCAGCCUGGUCCAAGAAGCUCUUGGAUUCAAUGUUUCAUAAAACGGAACCGUGGCAUGCAAACCUAUCACCUUUACCUUAAUCUCAGCCAAGCUUCUAAUGAUGAUGGGAAAUUCCUGCUUGCUGCUCGAAGAUGUAGACGCCCAACCUACACGGACUACAUUAUAUCCCUAAAGAGUGAUGAUGUUUUAAAGGGCAGCAGCAACUACUUCGGCAAGUUAAGGUCGAAUUUUUUGGGGACAAAGUUCACAAUCUAUGAUACGCAGCCUCCAAAUGGCGUAGCUAGAGUUGCUAGAUCCCGUUCCACCCGAAUGGUUGGAACGAGACAAGUUUCUCCGAGGGUCCCCUCUGGAAACUAUCCCGUUGCCCAUGUAUCGUACGAGUUAAAUGUCUUGGGUUCGAGGGGUCCGAGGCGGAUGCAAUGCGUCAUGGACGCCAUAGGCGCAUCCAUAGUCGAGCCAGAAGGGGCGACGGAACUCCUUCCUGCAAACUUGGAUUCAUUCCCCGCACUCCCAUUUUUGAGAUCAAAAUCGACGAGCACGGAUGGGUACCAAUCUGUGAGAGAUGCAGAAGAAGCGGUGGUGUUGAGAAACAAGGCACCCCGGUGGCACGAGCAACUGCAGUGCUGGUGUCUCAACUUCAACGGGCGCGUGACGGUGGCGUCGGUGAAGAACUUUCAGCUGGUGGCUGGUGAUGGUGAGGAUGUUAUCCUCCAAUUUGGGAAAGUUGGGAAGGAUACCUUCACCAUGGAUUACCAGUAUCCCUUGUCUGCAUUCCAGGCAUUUGCCCUUUGUCUCAGCAGCUUCGACACCAAAAUCGCCUGCGAAUAAUAAUACCAUGAACAUCUCCUUAUAAAUUUAGAUUGUGUUUGUUUCACACAACCAUUUAUGUAUACUAUUGUUAUGCAACAAAUGGAGUUGGUAGGUGAUUUGCUUGUUUCGUUUUCUUUUUAAGGUGCGUUUAUUUUGAUUGUUAAAUUUUUAUUGAAAAAUAAUGGAUAAAAAAAAAGAUGAAAAAGUAUUACUA